AUUUUUUUUAAUUGCAAGGUACAAUGGAACAUAUUACUACUAUAAAGGAAAUUGACUCAAUCAAGGAUGAUUUCACAAUUAAAGUUCGAAUCAUACAUCUUUGGACUCAAAAGUCAAAAUUUAAUGCAAAAGAAACAUACUCGAUAGAAAUGAUUUUGAUGGAUGAGGAGGGAAGGAAAAUUCAUACAUCUUGUGUGAAAAAAUGGUUUCCAAAAUUCAAACGCUAUCUUAAAGAAGAUAGUUCAAUAUAUGUGAAGAAACCUAAUGUCGCACCAAAUACUUUAAAUUUUAAGUUUGUUGAUCCAGAAAGAAAACUUAACUUUUACCACGAUACAACUGUGAAAGAGUGUGAAAACUUUUCUGGAUCUGCACACGACUUUGAUUUUGUUGACUUCAAUACAGUCGUUUCGAACAACAUUCUAGAGUCAAACUCUUUUGAUAUUAUUGGACACAUAUUGGAAUAUGGGCGUAUGGAUACAUCUGAAGAAGAUAAAUCAAAACACAAAAUACUCUUGCAUCUUCAAGAUAUAGAGGAUACUAAGCGUAAGGUAACUUUGUGGGGUCAUAAUGCAUACUACAUGACAGAUUUUCUGGCUAAUAAUAACAGUCUUGCUCCGAUUGUUGUUAUUGUUCAGUUUGCCAGAGUCAAGUUUAUUAAUGGUCGUCCUUUUUCCUCCACCUACUUUGAUGUUAGUAGGUUGUUCAUAAACAAUGAUAUCGAUGAGAUUACAAGCUACAAAUAUAAAUUGGUUUCUGAAAAUGGACAACAACUUUCAUCAAGUGGAAUCAAGAUGAUUGCAUCAAAACGAAACACGGAACACGAUGACUUUCUCAAAAAUCAUAUGUUUUCUAACAUUGAUGAGUUGUUUGAACCUUUAGAGGUACUUUACAUUAUUUUUAAACAAACUAUAUUGAGAAAACGGUCAUUAUUGUUGGUACUGUUAAGGGAAUACGUCAAAACAUACGAUGGUAUUACCUUGCUUGUAGCAACUGCAAAAGAAAAAGAGUCUUCUACUGAUAAGGUUGAUGGUUCUCAUGAAGUGGCCGAAAUUGUUACUUAUGAAUGUUCUAAUCCUAAUUGCAAAAAUAUCAAAAUUUCGGUUAUUCCAAGAUUUAAAAUCCCACUUCAGGUUCAAGACAACACAAGAACCUUGACUUUAACCUUAUUUGAUCAAGAAGCAAAGAAGCUGUUUAAAUACACAGCUAAAGAGUCGUAUGAUAAAAACAAGAAGCUUGGCAUCAGUUUGGAUUUGUAUCCAAUGGAGUUGAAAUUUGUGGUUGACAAAAAAUUGGCAAUUAAAAUUGAUAUCACGAGUUACAAUGUGGAUAAUAAAAGUAAUAUUUAUGGGAUAGCAAGAUUGACUAAGAAUGCAAACAUAAUUGAUGAACUAGAGAAAAAGAAUCUGAAUUCACAGCCUGCUAAUUUUGAUUCAUUCAUUAUUGGUUCUUCAGAUAUUGCCUCCCAAGAGACCAAAGUUGUGAAGGCGGAGUUUGUUCCAAUUUUGGAUCCAAGCCUCACCGAGCAGUAUGAAUAUGCAAAUGAGCAUGACAUUAAAUGUCUUAUUAUCAUUUCAGACACUGGUGUUUCUCAAAAAGGUUCUGUUAAGAUUCGUCAUCUUGAGCUUAAGCGGGAGAAGGAAGUAAGCCGAGAAUCACUCACUAAAUUUCUAUCAGAAGCAAUGGCAUCACAGAGUUCAAAAUACUGUAAGGCAAACGUAAACACAAUGUCAAAGGUUAAUUGUCCCUGCUGA